CGUGGGCUUGCUUCCCGGAGGCCUCCCGCAGCCAGGGUUGUACAACUCAGGCAGCCCUGAGACCUCUCCCUGGACCUACUUCCAGUGGGCACAGAAGGAAGGUGCUGAAAGUUGGAGGACUCAGGCCUGGGGAACUCUGUCCUGAAUACCACCUCCCUCCCAGAUGUCUGAUGAUAUUGACUGGUUACAUAGCCGAAGAGGGGUCUGCAAAGUUGAUCUCUACAGCCCAACAGGACAACAAGAUCAGGAUCGAAAAGUGAUUUGCUUCGUCGAUGUAUCAACUCUCAAUGUAGAAGACAAAGACAAGGAAGGAGGACCUAGUUCAGAGGGGGAACUGGACCUGGAGAGUUUGGAAGAAAAGGAGAUAAUUGUCAUCAAGGACACAGAGAAAUUAGAUCAGUCCAAGACUGAAGGAUCCGUGUGCCUUUUCAAACAAGCACCCUCGGACCCUAUCAGCGUCCUUAAUUGGCUCCUCAAUGACCUUCAAAAAUACGCUCUUGGCUUCCAGCACGCUCUGAGCCCCUCAUCCUCUAGCUGUAAGCACAAAGUUGGGGAUCUCGAAGGUGGGUACCGUAGUCACCCCAACAAGGACAACUGUUACAGCGUCUACGCUGAUGAACUGAGCAUGGACUACGUGGCAAACAACCCCCACAACCUGCGUUUGGAGAUGGCCGCAGCCAAGAACACCAACAACAACCAGAGUCCUUCAAGUCCCCCAGCAAAGUCCCCCAGCACACAGAGAUCAGUCAUCUCUCCUGACGGGGAAUGUUCCAUGGAUGAUCUCUCCUUCUACGUCAACCGGCUGUCCUCCCUUGUGAUCCAGAUGGCUCGCAAAGAGAUCAAGGAGAAGCUAGAAGGGGGAAGUAAAUGCUUGCACCACUCCAUCUAUGCCUCCGCUGGGGACAAAGGCAAGAACAGCCCCCGAAGUGCAGUCAGCAAGAUUGCCUCCGAGAUGGCCCACGACGCAGUAGAGGUGACUUCAGCUGAAAUGCGAGGCCCUGGAGAUGACCACAAGGACCGGAAAACCUUCUUAUACAGCGAAUUAUCCAACAAGUCCAAGGGAGGGGACAAACAGAUGUGCCAGAGAGACAGUAAAGAGUUUGCUGACUCCAUCAGCAAAGGCCUGAUGGUCUAUGCCAACCAGGUGGCCUCUGACAUGAUGGUAUCUGUCAUGAAGACCUUGAAAGUCCAUAGUUCUGGUAAGCCCAUCCCAGCCUGCGUUGUGUUGAAGAGAGUCCUGCUGAAGCACACCAAAGAGAUCGUGUCGGACUUAAUAGAUUCUUGCAUGAAGAACUUACAUAACAUCACUGGUGUCCUGAUGACCGACUCUGACUUUGUCUCUGCUGUCAAGAGAAACCUGUUCAACCAUGGCAAACAGAAUGCCGCCGACAUCAUGGAGGCUAUGCUGAAACGCCUAGUCAGUGCCCUGCUUGGGGAGAAAAAAGAAACAAAAUCCCAGAGUCUGGCCUACGCCUCACUGAAAGCCGGAUCCCACGACGCUAAGAACAAGAAUCAGAGCCUUGAAUUCUCUGCUAUGAAAGCCGAGAUGAUGAAGGGGGGGAAAGACAAAGGAAAAAUGAAGCCCGAUCAGUGUAAGUCCCUGACCAGCGCCGAAAAGGUCAGCGAACACAUCCUCAAAGAGAGCCUUACUAUGUGGAACCAGAAACAAAGUGGUGGUGGUCAGACCAAGAUGCAUAGCAAAGUAGGCACCAGCCGGGAAGACAAGAGGGAGAAGAUCAGCCCUUCCACUGAUUCAUUGGCCAAAGACCUGAUCGUCUCAGCCCUGAUGUUAAUUCAGUACCAUUUGACCCAGCAGGCCAAGGGCAAAGAUGCCCUUGAAGAACCUGAACAACCUGGAUCCACAAUGGGCUACAUGGCCCAGGGUGCCCAUUAUGAGAAAUCUGGCAGUGGCCAAAGUGCGAAGGCGCUCUCAAUGAAACAUAUGGAAUCACGAAGUGGCCAACAUGCUGGUCCAUCCACUUCACCCAAAGAGCUGGACCCUCAAAAGCUGGACAUGUCAAACAUUGUUUUGAUGCUUAUCCAGAAGCUCCUGAGUGAGAGUCCAUUCAGCUUGGAUGACCAAUGUGAAGGUGAGAGCAAACGGGCUGAGUCAAAAUCCAAAAUCUCCUCUUCUACGUCAAAACGGUCCGAGAGGGGUGAGGAGCACUUCCAAGACCAUCAGGAAUUCGAUUUCAUCAGUGGGAUGAAGCAAGUAAACCGACAGUUCGUGGACCAGCUGGUGGAAUCUGUGAUGAAGCUGUGCCUCAUUAUGGCCAAAUAUAGCAACAACGGGGCAGGCCUUGCUGAGCUGGAAGAACAGCAAGGACUCAAUCACUCGACUAGCUUCCGGGCCAGCAAUUCCAGAUGUGCUCAGGAUGCCAUGAUGUCCCAUUCAUAUCAUGACAACCCCGGGCCCGAAGUCAUUGUUAACAACCAAUCUUCCACCAGCAACCUGCAGAAACAGCUCCAGGCUGUGCUCCAGUGGAUUGCCGCUUCCCAAUUCAAUGUUCCCAUGCUCUAUUUUAUGGGAGAUGAGGAUGGUCAGCUUGAGAAGCUUCCUGAAGUGUCAGCCAAGGCUGCUGAGAAAGGCUACAGCGUUGGAGAUCUCCUCCAAGAGGUGAUGAAGUUUGCCAAAGAAAGACAACUCGAUGAAGCAGUCGGGAACAUGGCUAGAAAGCAACUGCUGGACUGGCUGCUCGCUAACCUGUGAGCCCACUCCAUCGAAUCCUCUCCAUUUUACUCCCUCCACCAGCGCGUUCUGUCCCAGCCGGAGUGCCACACUCCAUCUACUAUGGUAGUAAAACGAACGUUUCCGCGAUGGUAUUGAAUGACACAACGAGUGACUGUACCACGAAUGACAUUGAAUGUCCAACAAGCUGGGCACAAAACGAGUAAACAUGCCUCCUCAGAAAAAAAACAAACAAACAAACUGUAUUGUCCUUCUUUUUUAGCUUUGACCUUAACCAAGCCCCCAGAGGGGAUCCUGGUGGGGGCAGGGAGGGAAGCCAGUGUGACAGAUUGUUCUGAGAAGGAUGGGCCUGUGAUGAGGACAUGUCUUGCCCCCCAGCCUUCCUGCCCCUGCCAUCCACAGAUACACAGCAAGGACUAGGGUUUGGGGGGCGGGGAGGUGAGGCACUUCUUUUACAAAGAGCUCUUUGCAGAGGACAAAGCUUUAGAUCCAGUGUGGAAUUG